UAUAAAAACUGAGCGUCGGCUGAGCUCAGAGCACUGCUGCAGACAGCACAGAGCAGAGAGAUGUUGCCCCUGGUGUUGAGUUUGUUUCUGGGAGCUUUAUCUUCCAUGUGGCCACUGGCUCCAGCAGCUGCCUUCCAGCUGCCGUUCUGCCAGCUCGUCAACCAGACGGUGUCUCUGGAGAAGGAGGGAUGUCCUCGGUGUCACCCGGUGGAAACCACCAUCUGCAGCGGACACUGUGUCACCAAGGAUCCAGUCAUCAAGACGCUGUUCAGCAACGUCUUCCAACAUGUGUGCACCUACCAGGACCUGUACUACAAAACGUUUGAGCUUCCUGACUGUCCUCCAGGUGUAGAUCCGAUCGUCACCUACCCGGUGGCUCUGAGCUGCCACUGUGGCGGAUGUGCCAUGGACGUGUCUGACUGCACGUUGGAGAGUCUGCAGCCCGACUUCUGCAUGAAUGACAUCCCUUUCUACUACUAGUCUAAUCCAAUAGCAGCUUAAAGAACAUUUAAACACCUCGUACGUAGUGUGUAGAGACUGGUAAAAGUGUUUCUGUGUCUUGUGCAAAUACACUUAAGGAUUAAACACUCUGAAUAUUUUCA